GCUAGACCAGAGACUCUUGAGAGUUUCUUCAUUCUCUGUCAGUUCUCCAGUACAUCCAAGGCAAGACUGGCCUCAAAGCUGCCUGGCACAGAACUGAAGAGCCCUACACUACGCCAGGAGCAAAAUCCCUCCCUGGGUCCUGACUGCAUGAAUCCUGCUGGGGAGCUGGACUCCAGGGAUCAUGGAGCCCUUCAGCUCAAGAAACCUUGCCCUGCAGGCCGAGAAGAAGCUCCUGAGCAAGCUGGCUGGGCGGUCAGUGGCACACCUCUUCAUCGACGAGACCAGCAGUGAAGUGCUGGAUGAACUGUACAGGGUGUCUAAAGAGUAUACCCACAGCCGUGGUGAGGCCCAGCGGGUCAUCAAAGACUUGGUCAAGGUGGCCAUCAAGGUGGCAGUGUUGCAUCGAAAUGAGCAGUUUGGCCCCGGGGAGAUGGCCGUGGCGGACCGCUUCCGCCAGAAGUUGCGUCAAGGUGCCAUGACCGCACUCAGCUUUGGCGAAGUGGACUUUACCUUUGAGGCCGCCGUGCUGACCACUCUGCUGACGGAGUGUCGAGAUACCUUGCUAGAGCUGGUAGAGCACCACCUCACGCCCAAGUCUCACGGCCGCAUCCGCCAUGUCUUUGAUCACUUCUCAGACCCCAGCCUACUCACUGCCCUCUACAGUCCUGGCUAUGCCCAGCACCUCAGCAAGAUCUGUGAGGGGCUCCGCAAGCUGCUGGACGAGGGAAAGCUCUGAGUGCUGCUUCCUAACCAGGUGGCGGACGCUGAAUGGGCAACAGGCCCCAGCUCUAGUUCUGCUUGCCCACUUUAGAACCCUCCCCUCCAAGCCCCUGGCUCGGGUCUCCUUAGAGAGUGGUCGGCUCUGGUGGGCAAGAGUGAGGUUCACAAGCCCUUCCCUCCCUUGUGCCUCUGGCUACCAGGACAGGAAAUGAAGCUGCCUAAAAAAGAUGAAGUGAAAGUCGGAUCUUCUACUUCCCCCUGAUCUGGACACAUGAUAUGGGGAAACCCCUUCCAGGAGGAGGAAGAACAGUACCCCAAGCUGCUGAUGCAGGGGAGGAGGUGUCAGCCUGAAGGCCAGUCCAGUGGCCAGUCCUGGGGACAGUGUAGAUGGCUGAGAGAAGCCUUGCUCCCAGAGAGGGGCAGAGCUGGGGAAGCUACUCAGAAGGGAAAUAAAUCUGCUAAAACAUGUACAG